AUGUCACAGAAGUUUCUACCUUUAUCGAGGAUACAUUCUGUUAAUAAUUUCAAUUUUUUUUUUCAAAAUACCAAAAGAAAUUUACUAUUUAAUCAUAACUUUAUAAGUAAUCAAUUUUUAAAUAAAAAAAGACUAUCCCCUGGCUUGAAACUGUCGAACCUACAUUCAUCUGUUAAAAUCAAUAGUCACAAUUCAGCAUCGGUGAUUGAAAAUGUUGCAUCAAAAGUUUUAACAUGUCAAGAAUCGGAUGAAAAGCUGUCCCAAAGUUUAGGUGAAAACUCAAGAAUUCCAUUCAAGUAUACCCCAAAACCUUCCCCUGCUAUAAAAUCAAGUACCACGAAAGCAAGUCUUAGGGAUGAAAUCAAAUCAUAUGUGAAAUUAACCAAACCAAAUUUGACAAUGCUAGUGACGCUAAGUUGUAUUUGUUCUUAUGCAAUUUCACCAUUGAGUGUAUCACUACAAGAAUUGAUCUUUCUAACAGUUGGAACUACACUAUGUUCUGGUGCUGCAAACGCAAUCAAUAUGGGAAGAGAACCAGAUUUUGAUAGACAAAUGCCUAGAACAGUCGGUCGACCGGUAGUAAGAGGAUUAAUAACUCCCAAUCAAGCAUAUAACUUUGCAGCAAUAAUAGGUUCAAUUGGAUGUACAAUGUUAUGGUUUGGAGUUAACCCUACUGUUUCAUUGUUAGGAUUCUUCAAUAUAAUACUUUAUGCAUGGAUAUAUACAUCAAUGAAAAGAAAAUCAAUAAUAAAUACUUGGUUGGGGGCUAUCGUGGGAGCAAUACCACCUUUAAUGGGGUGGGCUGCAUCUUCAUCUUUGGCACAUCCAGGUGCUUGGUGCUUAGCUGGAUUAUUGUAUGCUUGGCAAUUCCCCCAUUUCAAUGCAUUAUCUCAUAAUAUAGCACAACAAUAUAAACUGGCUGGUUAUGUUAUGACAGCAGCUGAAAAUCCUAAAUUAAAUGCAAGAGUAGCUUUACGUUAUUCAAUUUUAAUGUUUCCAUUAUGUUUUGGAUUAAGUUAUUUCGGUAUUACAGAUUGGGUGUUUCCUUUUGAUUCUGCUAUAGCUAAUGGUUGGUUGACUUAUUUGGCAUUUCAAUUUUGGGAUCAACAACAAAAAAAUUAUAAGUUCGAAAGUGGUCCAACUAAACAAGGUAUAGCACUUGCAGGAAUUCAUGCAAAGAAAUUAUUUUGGUGCUCCGUUUGGCAUUUGCCAGCAGUUUUAAUUCUUGCCAUGUUACAUAAAAAGGAUCAAUGGAAUAGACUAUAUAAUUAUAUCUCGUUUUGA